CUCAAUUUCUAACUUGUAACGAACUGAACUCGUUAAGGGCUCGAGUUCGAACACUCUCGACCCACUCAACUAUAACUUCCAAUUUAACAAAAACAUGCUGAGAGAGAAUUCUACCAAGUAUUCAUAUGCAAUUUUUUGCAAGUAACUUGCAAGGGUCGGAUCAAAACAGUGGAUACUACAGGCGGGAGAGAGGGAGCGAAUAUGAAGACCCAUUGCUGGGUUCGGGCUUCUGCUUCCGAUUUCACCGGACAUAUUCCCAGUCCUCGAAGCGGGCAUACAGCUGUGAACAUCGGGAACUCAAAGAUUGUGGUUUUUGGUGGUCUGGUGGACAAGAAGUUCCUCAAUGACGUUUUUGUUUAUGACAUUGACAACAAUCUUUGGUUUCAGCCAGAAUGCACUGGCGGUGGUUCUGAUGACAAAGUGGGCCCAAGUCCUCGUGCUUUUCAUGUUGCUGUUGCUAUCAAUUGUCACAUGUUCAUAUUCGGUGGGAGGUCUGGUGGUAAUAGGUUAGGUGAUUUCUGGGUGCUAGAUACCGUAAUGAUGGGAAAUUUGAAGUUCUUAGUCGAUCAGUUGCUCACAGAUAUAUGGCAAUGGUCUGAACUGACCAGUUUUGGGGACUUGCCUUCUUCAAGGGAUUUUGCAGCUGCUUCAGCUGUUGGGAACAUUUCACUUGAGUGGACAGAGUUGUCAGUUACGGGGACAAUACCUCCACCAAGAUGUGGCCAUUCUGUUACAAUGAUUGAGAAGCGUUUGCUCAUGUAUGGUGGUAGAGGUGGUGGGGGGCCAAUCAUGGGUGAUCUCUGGGCUUUAAAGGGACUUGUAAAAGAAGAUCAGCUUCGGCUGACCCAAAUGGUAGACAAUGAAACACCAGGAUGGACUCAGCUGAAGCUUCCAGGUCAGGCUCCUUCACCCCGUUGUGGACACACCAUUGCUUCUGGAGGGCCCUACCUUUUGUUAUUUGGAGGGCACGGAACUGGUGGUUGGUUGAGCCGUUAUGACAUAUACUAUAACGACUGUGUUGUUCUAGACAGAGUUUCGAGUCCUAAGUCUCGUCUAAGUUACAAAGAUGGUCUACGUAUUAUUGCACAAGCAUUAGUUAAGAAAAGAGGAAAUGACGAUAGGAUUCAAUACAAUGAUUGGAAACUAUUGCCUACUAGCAAUGACCCCCCAGCUGCUCGAGCAUACCAUUCCAUGAACUCUGUUGGUUCGCGGUAUUUAUUAUUUGGUGGCUUUGAUGGAAAAUCAACUUAUGGUGAUCUUUGGUGGCUUGUACCCGAAGAUGAUCCAAUUGCAAAGAGGUUUACCGGAAAGUCUUCAUCUGAAGUUGUUGCUGAGGGGAACAACACAACAUCAGAGACAAAGGAACGCCUAAAAGAAGGAUCUUCCAUGUCAGAGUUGCAGAAAAAACUGGGAAUUCCACUCAUACUUUCCAGUCCCGAGCUCGUCAUUGACGAAUUGGAAGACAGACAGCUUAUCGAGCUAGCAUCAAGAGUUGUUGAUGCAGUGGAGUUCACCAGCAUGCAGGCUGUGCAAGCAAUCCGUGACCACUGGAUGAAAUCUGCACCACAAACCAUAACAUUGAAAGAGCUUGGCCCAUUACUUCAUGACUAUCAACGUUUGGUUACCCGCCAUUAUAUAGGAAAGGCUGGAUCUAAUCUGGAGGCUUUAGCAUUUGGGUCUUCCGAAAAACGUGUUUUUCGCUUCUAUCAUGUUAAAAGUGCUUCUAAGGUGACAAUAUUCUAUGAUCCUUACUCUCCGCCUCUUGUGAUGCUGCGCUUGAGUGACAUCUCGAAUCUUUUGGCUGAGUACAAAGACCUUCUCUCAUCUAUAUGUGCCGAUAGGGAACUGAAGAUGUAUGAAGCUCAAUAAUCUUAUGCUGCAUGCUGAGAAAUGGGUUUUCAGGGGAAACAAAAAAUGAAAAAUAUAAUGUAAGAAAAUCCGGAGGCAAGAGCCAACAGAUUUGUUAAGCAUCUUUCAGUGAAUAUUUGCAAAUUCAGCUUUAUCUUUAAUCAUUUCAUCUUUAAUUUGCUUAAAGAUAAUCUGUGAGUUGCGUUAUUGACUUCAAAUGCAUGCCCGUGUUUUGGCUAAUACACGCUGUCGUUUUGAAGUUUGUUUAGCGAACUAGUUGAGGCGAGGUCAACUCGUUAAGACUCAAUUUUGGCUCGUGAAUAUUGAUAAAUGAGUUGAGCUAUAGAUAGAGAGUCGAGCUUGAGUAUUAGAAGCUCGGGCUUGGCUCGUCUGCAGCUUUAAUUAAUUGCAGUGAACUGCAUCGUUCAUCUAAAUUGAAAUAUUUUGAUGUGCUCAGAAAGAAAAGUAAAUGCAUAAUUCAUUAGUUCCAGAAAAAAAUAAAAGGAAAAAACAGAAAUAAAAGGAAAAAUAAACAAUGUUGUAGUAUUUCAUUUCAUUUGGUUGAGUUUAGAAUCUUGGUGAGUUCUUCCAGCUUCUUCAUUCUCAUGUUCUCACUUUGAUUCACCAACUGCAAAAGUGCUGUAGUGAGUUGAGCUUUUUCUUUGCUUUUCUCUUGAAAAGCCUCCAAAGCUUCUUUAUAUUCCUUCUCCU